UCUGGGAACUGGAGAUUUAGCUUGUUUUAUCAACUACCACGUUAAGUACGGAGCACAGCAUUUGCUGGUUUUUUUGCCAUUUGCUCAAGCUCCCAGACCUCUCUCCCUCGUGCCCAAAAUAGGUCCAAGCUCGAAGGUCUUUGCCAUUAGUUCCUCGGGAGACCAAGAUUCUUGUUCGUGAUGGCCAAGAACUUGUUCGUUUUCUUGAUUUUCAUGGGGUUGAGCUGCUUCAGUUUGGUGUGGCUCGCCGAGUCAAAGCUGCCCCAAGCAGAAGUUGAUGCUCUCCGUGAAAUCACGACCGCAAUGGGGUCGACAUUCUGGGAUUUUAAUGGCGGCAACUGUCAAAUACGAAGAGUUGGGUUAACACUGCAGCCGCCAGCAAAAGCCAAUGGUAGCAUUGGAUGUGACUGCAACAUUGGGAAUGAUACGUUCUGUCACGUCGUAACGAUAGUGCUGAAGUUUUACAGUCUACCCGGAAUCCUCCCCCCUGAGCUUACCAAGCUACCUUACCUCAGAGAGAUUGAUUUUGCUUACAACUACCUCAGUGGUGAAAUUCCUGACAAGUUGGGUUCCAUGCAGUUGACAUCAAUCACUCUUCUUGUGAAUCGCUUAUCAGGAGCAAUACCAAAAUCAUUGGCAAACAUUAUCUCACUGACACAUCUGAAUCUUGAAGCCAAUCAGUUCUCUGGUCCUGUUCCUCCUGAGCUUGGGAGUUUAAUCAACUUACAGCAUUUGAUUUUGUCCUCCAAUCAGCUAACAGGAAACGUGCCACCUACAUUUGCUGCGUUAGGAAAUCUGACAGAUUUUCGAAUAAAUGACAACAACUUCAACGGCACAAUACCCACUUUUAUCCAAAACUGGAAGCAGCUGAACAGACUAGAAAUGCAUGCGAGUGGACUUGAAGGACCCAUUCCUUCCCAGGUUUCUGCUUUGAAUAAAGUAGAGGAGCUGAGGAUUAGUGACAUUGAUGGUCCUCUCCAGCUAUUUCCUGCACUGGAAAACAUGACAGGCUUAGUGAAAUUGGUACUGAGAAGCUGCAACAUAUCUGGGCAGAUUCCCCCCUACAUGUGGAACUUGCAGGAUCUAGAAUUAUUGGAUCUCAGUUUCAACAAACUGACUGGGCAAAUUCCGGCUACAAUCAAUUUAAAGCACAUAAGGUUCAUAUUUCUGACCAGCAAUUUAUUAACGGGAAAUGUUCCGGAUUCAAUCUUGAAGGAAGGAACCAGUGUUGAUCUUUCAUACAAUGACUUCACAUGGCAAGGUCCUCAGCAACCUGCUUGUCGAGGAAACAUGAAUCUGAACUUGAAUUUGUUUAGAGGCUCCUCAGCAGAAAAUAACUCAGGCAGAGGUGAUCCUUGCUUGGAGAACUUCCAAUGUCCACAUUACUCGAGUUGUUUACAUGUUAAUUGUGGUGGAAAAGAUGCAACCAUCAAGGAAUCUAGGCAGAUGAUCAUCUAUCAAGGAGAUGAAUAUAUAGAAGGUGGUGCUGCAAAAUACUAUUUAAAUCGUGAUGAGUUCUGGGGAUUCAGUAGCACAGGGGACUUCAUGGAUGAUAAUGAUAAACAAAAUCUGCGCUAUACUGUGUCUCUGCCUUCGUCAAACCUCUCUGUCUUGGAUGCAACAGCACGAACCUCCCCAAUUUCACUGACUUAUUUUCAUUAUUGCUUGGAGAACGGGAUGUACACAGUGAAACUCAGAUUUUCAGAAAUACAGUUCACUAACAACAAAACAUAUAACAGCCUCGGGAGGCGGGUAUUCGAUAUUUAUGUUCAGGGGAAAUCAAUGCAGAAGGACUAUGAUAUUGAAAUUGCAGCAGGUGCUGCUCAGAAGCCAAGAGAAGAAGCCUAUAAUGUCAGCGUGACAAAUAAUAUUCUAGAAAUUCGUCUAGUUUUUGCUGGAAAAGGGACAACGAGGAUUCCUGAAAGAGGAGUUUAUGGUCCGCUUAUUUCUUCCAUUUCUGUAGUUUCAGAUGUCAAAGAGUGUUCAAGAGGUGGAAAACAAAAAACUGCUUAUAUCGUAGUUGGAGUUGGAGGUGGAGCAUUUUGCAUUGUUCUCUUAUCACUCUGUAUACUUAAGUGGAAAGGCUAUUUCCGAGGAAGAACCAAGAGAAGACAAGGCAUGGAAGGACUAGAUCUGCAGAUGGGGACAUUUUCCAUAAAACAAAUUAAAGCUGCGACAAAUGACUUCGAUUCUGCAAACAAGAUUGGGGAAGGCGGUUUUGGCGCUGUCUACAAGGGUCAAUUAAAUGAUGGCACUGUAAUAGCAGUUAAGCAGCUCUCGUCAAAAUCGCGACAAGGAAAUCGAGAAUUCCUGAAUGAGAUAGGAAUGAUAUCAUGCUUACAACAUCCAAAUCUUGUGAAGCUCCACGGGUGCUGUAUUGAAGGAGAUCAACUAUCGGUGGUUUACGAGUAUAUGGAGAACAAUAGUCUUGCUCGAGCCUUGUUUGGUCCAGAAAAUCAUCAACUUCAACUAGACUGGCCCACGAGACUUAAGAUCUGCACCGGGAUCGCUAAGGGUCUCGCCUUUCUACACGAAGAGUCUAGAAUCAAGAUUGUCCACAGAGAUAUUAAAGCUACUAAUGUGCUGCUCGAUCGAGAUUUAACCCCGAAAAUAUCAGACUUUGGACUGGCCAGGCUUCAUGAAGAAGAGAACACUCACAUUAGCACCAAAGUUGCUGGAACCAUAGGAUACAUGGCUCCAGAAUACGCAUUGUGGGGUUACCUCACAUACAAAGCCGAUGUGUACAGCUUCGGAGUCGUGGCCUUGGAGAUAGUUAGCGGGAAAAGCAAUAACAGUAGCCUGCCGAGUGACGACUAUUUUUGUCUAUUGGAUUGGGCAUGUCACUUGCAACAAACUGGGAACUUGAUGCGACUUGUCGACGAGAAGUUACAGACCAAAGUCAACAAAGAAGAAACGGAAAUCGCGGUAAAAGUAGCUCUUCUGUGCACAAAUGCAUCUCCAUCUCUGAGGCCCACGAUGUCCGAGGUGGUGAACAUGCUCGAGGGAAAAAUGACUGUACCGGACAUGAUCCCGGAGCCGAGCACCUACCGUGAAGAUCUGAGGUUCAAAGCCAUGAGAGACCUCCGCAAGCAAGGGCAACAACAGAGUUUUACCGAGACCCAAAAUGAGGAUUCCACGUCCAUCAACACUUUUCGGUCUUCGUCAAGCACCUCCAGUCAAGAUCUGUAUAAAAAAAAUCAAGAAUCCAGAUCCCUUUCAUAAAAUGCGCGAACCUUAGUUGCCGCGGCAUACCAAACUUAGGCUUAGUCUCGAACUAGCGAAUCGGAGUCCCAUUGUCGUUGCUGAAUAAACGGUCCUCGACUACUAGAGCCUUGAUCGGUGGAAGCAGAAAAACUCGGCCGAGGGCGAGGCCUUGUGGCGAGGAAAGCUGGGAUGUGCAAAAGCUGUGCAAUUAGGAAGGAAGCAUUGGUGCUUGAAUAGGUGAGUCAUUUCUUAGUUUGUUACUUCUCUUCGGCGUUUCGAGCAAUAAGUCGAUCGAAGUCAUUGAUACAGAUUUGCCCAGAUUAUUGUACAGUGUACUGAAUUACGUGUUUGUUCGAUUUGAUGCGAAGAAAUGAAGAGAUUUUCUGUCAGGUUCA